GCCAUAGUAGUAUCAAUGCACCACAUCAGUGCAGAAGACUUCCUGUUGCCCUGUGUGCUGCUGCAACACAUCAUCUUCCAGGACAUUUGCUGGCAAAAUUCCGGUCUCUAAAAUCCAAAGCAGUCUACAAGCGGGAUGUAGGAAGAGUCAGUGGACAUUUGGAAAAUAAAUGCAUCCCAGGGAACUUUUUCCUAGAGUGGAACUGGCUCAUCACUAAAGAUGGAAUAGCUGUCGCCAUUUUGGAAUUAAAA